AGCCCGGCCGGGCCCGGCGGCGGCGGCGGCGGCGGCGGCGGCGAGGUGCGCGCGCUGCAGCGAGCGGCUCCUUGCGAAAACCUCAGCUAAAAUUAGUCCGCGGGAAAAGCGGUCCGCUGCGCAUGCGCGGCCCUCGCGCCGAGCGCGCAGGGUUUUCCGAAAGCUCGAGGGAGUGAGGGAGGCCGGCAGUGCGUGCCUGGCCGCCCCCUGCCACGCCCGCGCCGCGCCGCGCUUGCAGCUCCAACACAAACAAACACUCACGCACAACCACUCAUCUUGUACCAGUGACCAGUGAGCAGUGAGGUGCCACCAGUGUCUGAAAGCGAAGCUCUGACUACACGGUGCCUGAAAGUGAAAUGUGAACGAGCUGGGCUGCUAGCCCGACUCCUGUAUUCCUGUCAGGCUCGCGUGAAGUAGAGGCGGUGCCAUGACGGUGGUGACGAACCCGGCGCGCGGGGGCAGCCCCACGGAGUCGCUGGAGCUGGACCUGGCCGAGGCGGCGGCGGCGGCGGCGGCGGUGGCGGCGGCGGCGGGCGAGAGCAGCGGCGAGCUGGCCGCCGAGCGCAUGGGCGAGUUCGCGGACGAGUGCAGCUGCACCUCCGACGACCCCGAGGAGCCCGAGGAGGUGGUGACCAUCGACCCCUCCGAGCUGUACGACGACGAGCGCCGCUCCGACAUCGUGUUCGUGGCCGGCAUGGGCGGCGACACGUGGCGCUACCCGGGCCACCGCCGCGUGCUGGCCGCCACCUCGCCCGUGUUCGCCGCGCUGCUCGCCUGCAAGUCCGACGUCAUCAUCGUGGACUACGUGGACCGGCGCGGCUUCGAGCAGCUGCUGCGCUACCACUACUGCGAGCCCACGCAGCUCACGUCCGUGGCCACGGCGCGCCUCACGCUGGACGCGGCGCACAAGUUCCUGUGCGCGCCGCUGGCCGAGCGCUGCGCGCGCCGCCUCGACCUCGUGAUGGACGCGGGCGUGGCGCUGGAGGUGAUGCGCGACCUGCGCUACCUGUGCGCGCGCCUGCCGGGGGCCGCGUCCGCGCCGCCGCUGCCCGCGCUGGGCGACGACGCGGCGGCGCGCGCGCUGGCGCAGUGCUCGCGCUGGUGCGACUCGCUGGCGCACAACGCGCUGCUGGUGCUGGACGAGCAGGCGGACGACGCGCUGCGCGACGAGCGGCUCGAGGACCUGCCCUACGAGGACCUGGCGCUGAUCGUGCGGCGCGACACGCUGCGGCCCAGCAGCGAGCUGGUGCUGGCGGAGGCGCUGGCGCGUUGGGCCACGGCCGCCUGCAAGCGAGCUAAGCGCGAGCUGACGCCGGCCAACCGGCGCGCGGCGCUGGGUGAGCUGGCCUACUGCCCGCGCUACCUGCUGCUGAGCGGAGAGGAGCUGGCGCGCGCGCUGGCGCUGGAGCUGCUGGAGCCGGUGGAGCGCGCGCUGGUGGCGGCGCGGGCGCGCGGGCUGUCGGCGCCGGUGCCAGUGGGCGCGGCGCAGGAGGGGCUGCUGCGGCGCUGGGCGCGGCCCCGCCCGGAGCAGCCGGCCGCGCUGCCCGUGCACCUGAGCGCGCGCUCCGAGCCGCCGGACGAGCCGCCGCCGCCGUCGGGGCUGUGCGCGCGCCGCGCCCCCCCCGGCCCGCGCCAGCCGUCUUUCACGCCCGACGAGAAGGCCAAGAAGCGCGGCUGCUGUGCCUCGUUCUGCGACGGGCUGCUGCGCUGCAUCAUCUGCCUCUUCGACUAGACCAGCUGCUACCGGGGCUGCCUACUGCCGGGGCGCCUGCUGCCGGGGCCGCCCGCUGAGGGGACGAGGGACUGACUGUGCCGUGUGUGAAAGAAUUAUGCUAUGGGUAUCCUACGAACUCUUGAGUAGGUGCGCGAAUGAAUCUAUUUUCUUACCUGUGUAUACUAUAGCUAAGAGAAUUCUACACCUUUACACAUUCAAAAAAUACUAGAGAUACAAUUUGUAUAAUUUACGUACCUACAUACCUACAUUAAUUAUAUGGAAGUACCUAUACGGUAAAGGAUUUUCUCUCAAGUGUUCUUCGCAUUUUUACAAAAGUAUUAACUAGACCUAGACUACUUACUACGUCUGAACUUAUAUUAAAAUGUAUCUAAUCAAUUAAUGUACUUACUUAUUUUUUACGAAUUACAAGUUCGUUUAAAAAUAUUUAAAGGUGAGUUCUUGCAAGUUGAAUUCUACUUCUUAAAAAUAUUGCUGUACCUUCCCUUUUCUUGUUUUGAGCUUAGCAAAAUCUUUAGCGAACUGUUUUAUACUAAUUUUGCGAGUAGGAAAUGUUGGUUUUGAAUGAUGUGGCUGAAAAAUGGCGAAGAAAGCUGGAUUCAAUGUUACUUGUGUAAUGUUUCUUUCGGUGUCGUAGCGUAGCUACAAUGUUAGCAAAAUAUAUAAUGAGUAUUGUUUAAAUGUAGUUGAUUCUUACAAUAUAUGUGAUAUAAUUUCCUUGUAAUGAUCUACGCAUAAUGUAAUUAUUGUGUAUCUUUACCGCGAACUGCUGGCAUAUCGUUUGGAUUACAGCUAGAAAAAAUUGUCGCACAAAAUUGUUGAUUUAAGUAAAACAUUGUUACCAAUUUUUUGCAGUUUAAUUGCAUUUAUUAUGUACCUAUGUUAUUGUAUUAAGUAUUUUAAUUUGUUACGCUCUAUGUUAAAUUAGUUAAAUUAACGAACGUCUGUGUUCGAAAGUAUAUUACGCUGCCUAGUCUUACGCUAAGUACAUUAAGUUGUUUUUUAAGUACUUUAGGCUAAGAAUUCACUGAGUGACUACUUCCUUAAAGGUGUUCUUUUAGAUCAAAAUUUAAACUAUAGUUUAAUAUUACAUCAUUGUACUUAACCAUAAAAUUAAUUUUGGCUAUAACUUUUGCUAUAUUGUCAUCCGUGCCAUAUUUUUUUAUUUAUGUUCUGUUUAAAAGCCAAAACAUGAAACUGAUUUUAAUGUAGUUUAAAGCUUACUUUUACAUAAUAUAAUAUAGUUAUUGUGUUUUUUAUAGUAAUUUAUUUCUAUACCUUGAUGACAGGGUUUAAUUAAAAGCUGUGUAACUUUCUGCGACGUUUUGAACGAUUUUUUGAUGAUGUUGGUAGGAAAUAAUUAUAUUAAUUACUUAAUUAUUAAAUGAAUGUAUAUGUAAAGCAGAAAAUGUAAAAAAAUAUUAUCGGUGUUCAGCUAAGAGCUGCUAUGACGAAAUUGUCAUACACAGAAAGGAACAAUAAAUAUAUUGAACUCUG